UUGAAAUUAAUUAUAUCUAUCUAUUAUACAUUAUUUGUCUACGUUUAAUAUUUGAUUAUAAUACACUUAUUUUUAUGUAUGAUUAUGUUUGAUUAUAAUGUUCUUGUUCUUUAUCUGUAUUAACUGAUUAAUAUAAGUAUACAAGUUGCACAAACUCGAUCAAAUUCAAUUAUCUAAUUCACAACUACUCGUGAUGAGAGAAAGUCAUAGAGACUGGACAAAGUUAUUAAUGUUAUCUCCUCUUUUCUCCCAUUUUUUUUCUUUUUUUCUUUCUUUUUUUUUUUUUUACCUUGAAAGAUUAUAAAAGACAUUUUCCUUUUUAUGAAGGCGAAAGCAUACAGUUUUUAUUACCAAUCUCCUUAAUACAACGAUCUUUAUUAAUCAUCGAUAUCUUUUUUCUCUCUCUCCCUCUUUAUUUUUGAUUAUUAAUUACUUGCCAAUGAGUAAGUACUUAAUGACAGUAAAAGAUAAACUAUCAAAUGCCGUGUGAAAAGAAUUCGUUACACAAUGGAAAGUAUUCGUCACGAAGAUGGUAUCAACGAAUUAGACCGAGAAGAAGCGUACUCUUUCAAGGCCACGAGAAAGAAGUGAAGCUCUGACAUCGUGAUUUCUUCGAACCGGUUCCUUUGGAGUAAAGAAACUGGCCCUCUAGAGAAGGGAAGGAAUUCGAAACGAUUUCGAUAAUGUUUAAGAGACCCGGAAUAUCUAAAUACCGUUAAGAAAGCUAAACUAUUUUCACGAAGGAGAGAUAAUAUACCUAAAGAAAAAAAGGAAUAAAAAAAGAAAAAAAACAAAAGAAAGAAAGAUAAAGAACUUUUACUUGAAACGAUUCUCACGAGAUGAUUAUUUACGAUAUUAGCUUAUCCUGAUCAGAAUAUUCUCAUUAUUAUCACGGAGAAUAGAAAAUGUAAAGAGGUGAAGAAAAAAAAGAGAAAAAAGAUAACACAACAUAAAAAAUUCUUCUUACGUUCUAUGAGAAAGUUUGGUGAGAAUCUUAAAUUUUCGUUAGUUUCAUUUUGGGACAAGACAACAAGGAGACAGACGAAGACACGAUUUGGGCGAAAGUGAAGGAGGCACGUUCCUCGUUGGAGAAAGUAACAGAUCACGUUCUCGAUGCCGGUUCGAUCAGAGAAUUCGGAAUCCUCUUUGGAGAGAUAUUCGAAAAGUACAUCGGUUAAAAGAAACAGAAAAGGAAAAAGAAAAAAGAAGAAAAAAAAAGAUCUGAAAAUGUGAGGGUGGGGGUUGUGGCUAUUUCUGGAAAGGGAAAGACGGUUGAUAUUAUGUUAACGUGUAAGUUAUACGUUUACAUGUUUACUGGUAUAACUCUGUGUGUGUGUAUGUGCCUGUCCGCGCACGCACGAGCAAACGUUACCACUUAUAUCGAAGCUUUCACGAAGCGCCAACGAACAGCUGGAAAACGAAGAGGUGCAAUUACGUGCCACGAACACGGUGUGUCCUGGUGUGGUGAUACGAGUCAGAGAAGAAACUCGGUACUUUCGUUCGGUGUUGUUGUAUAUGCCAGUUAGAACCAGCUAGACACGGGACCGGUGAAAGUCCCGUGAGUUUCGAGCCCUCUUUGACUUUUUGCUUUUUUUGUUUAUUUAUUUAUUUUUUUUUUCAUUCGUUUUUUUGGUUCUCUUUUUCUCUUUCAUUUUCUCUUUUUCGUCUUUUUUUCUUUUUUCUUUUUAUUUCCUUUUUAUAUAUUUCAGAAAAAAUUAUCGACGCAAAGUCAUUUCAAUCUUUCAUAAAAUUAAUUUAUUUUCUAUCUGAUAGAGAGAUAGAUUUCUAUUUCAGAUGAAUGAUAUAUCUAUCAUUUAUCAUUCAUCUCAUAUGAUCUUUUUGUUCAAUUUUCAUUUCAACAUAAUUAAUUUCUACUUGGUAAUAAGCAAGAAAAGUUCUAAAACUAACGUACUCUUAGUAAAAUUUCAGACUAGAUUGUCUUAUCUUAUUUCAUAUCCUUGUCUUUUAUUCGUAUUUUCUUAUGUCGCACAAUGAAGAAUGAAAGAAAGAAAAGAAGAAAGGAGCAUGAUUACUUGAAUCUCAAUAUCUCUAUAUUUCGUUCCACUUUCCUACGACUAAUAUUCUUUCUAUCUUCUUUAAAACAAUCGAUCGAAUAUCUUCUCCAUUUAUCUACACGAAUACUUAUAAAUCUACAUGUAUAAUAUAUAUUACAUGAAUUCUAUUUAUGUUGGUACUUGAGAAUUAGCAAACAAUUAUUAGUAGGUAGUUAAUUUCAAACAAUGUCUUUGUGUUAUUACGUUACUCGAUCGUGUACUAUUUCGAUUCAAUAUAAUUCUCGAUCUUCCGUUUAAAAUGCAAUAGAAACUGGAUCAAGAGAAAGAUCUCCUUUCGCCAAAUAAUUUAUGCUAGUGUUAAACUGUAAGAGAUGCUCCGAUUAAGGUAACAACGAUGCUGAUAAGCGUUACCUACUGCAUAACGAUCGACUACUCUCUCUCCGCGUUCUAUACCAUGUCUUCUUUGAUGAAAAAAGAAAAGAAAGGAUAACAAAGAAAAGAAGGAGGAGGAGGAGAAGAAGAAGAUGAAGAAGAGUGUCCGAGAAUUGUGCUCAGCCAGUCGUAACUUCCGUCGAGCGGGUGGCACCGCGUGAACGUGAACUUCACACUGUCGUGCACGCAAGAAGUGCACUUUCACUUCUGGUGGAUUCACGCGGCGAACGGAGAGCCAAUGACCUACUAACACAUCGAACCGAGUCAGAAGCCGGUCGAUCGUACUCGACAAGGCCGUUCGAUCCUGUCCCGUUCAUCAUCGUCACUUUUACACGAAAUUCCAUUGGCUUCCUUGUACUCGAAAAAUUACACAAAAUUUCUUUUCUUCUUCUUCUUCUUCUUCUUCCUUAUUCUUAUUCUUUACGCCGCCAUUUUUUCUCGAACCGUUUUCUAAUUUCGUUUCGCUCGCCUUCUCCGUUACGUUAUUACGAGAGGGAAUAAUUGUUAAGUCGUUAAAUUAGCCAUGAACAACGCUAGUGAUUAGUGUGGCUGGCACGGGUCAGGAUAACAUUGGCAACAACAAACGAUAAUCUUCUCUCGUGAUUGGGACGGAUGCUGACACCGAAUCCAACUCCAAAGCUCUCUCUCUCUCUCUCUCUCUCUCUCUCUAUCUAUCUAUCUAUGUAUUUGUCUUUCUUUCUCUCUUUGUUUACCAAGAAGAAUGAAUGUCUUUACUUUCGCUCGUUACGGCUCGAAUUGUGACGCAAACCAGAUUUCGCUAUCUCUAAGUCCUUCGUACGAAGGAAGUAUCCUUUCGUCUUCUCUAUUAAUUCUCGAAACUUUUCGAUCGACUUUCCAACUGCACGAUGACUCAUUGGAAACGAUUGUACGCUUUUUCUGAAAAUUAAUUAACAUGUUUUAUUCUACAAAUCAUGUUGAAAAUUUUUUAAAGAAACGAUCGAUAAGUAUUUUUAUCAAAUAACCGAGCAAAAUGAAUCGUUAUAAAAUCAAAUUUUUUAUAGAAUUAAAUUUUAUAUAGGAUUAAUUUUCUCUGUUUUCAGAAAGUAAACAAUGGGGUUGACGACGAAGUGCCAUUGGUUUUUCAUAGGACUGGUUCUCGUACUCUCUUCGAAGAGCCAGGCCAGCCAAGACACUGAUCGUCCAAAAAAAUUCCAUCUUGAAAGGAUCGAUACCGUUAUGAUUCCGUUACAUACUGAUACAAGUGAUAAUAAUCGAACUACCGAACGGAUUUUAAAUCCAAUUCGUAAACGAAGAUACGUUCGUUUUCCCAGUGGUCCAGGUGGAUAUGUUUAUGAAUCUAGUGGCUCGGCUAUUGGUCCAAGAAACGUUGGAACUUAUCCAGCUGCACGUUUUGGACCCCAACCACAAUUUUCAUCACCUUGGAGGCAGUAUAAGUCCCUUUGGAGAAGUCCCGUUUCUGAAUACUCCAGACCGGUGAUGGGUCAUCGAACUCCGAGGUUGAUAUUCCGUGACAACGAUUUUCUACCGCCUGCUGGUGGAGGAACUACGACUUUCUUUCAAUCCAAUCAGUUGCCUGACUUUGAGGAUGACGUUAGAGAUCAUCGAAAGCAAACGUUAGAAGAUUAUCCCAGACUGGAAACAGAAUCGCGUCAAGAGAAAAGACCGCUUUGGAAGGGCGACGAUACUUUGUGCUCCGACGGACGAACCUGUGAAUUUUUUCUAAUGUGCUGGAUGUCCGCUGGCUUAUUGGACGGCAGUUGCGGUGGCAUUAUGUUCGCUUGUUGUCACCGAAAAGAUCCUAAAGCUAUCUCCGAUUCUAACUUCCUCGAGACGCCUCGAGAUCAAUCUCAACCGCUUCCGCUGGAUACGUACACGGACGCUACCAAUGACGAUCAUUGCGGUAUACCAGUUUCGAAGCAAACAGCACAAAGAAGAAUCGUUGGUGGUGACGAAGCUGGCUUUGGAAGUUUUCCUUGGCAGGCUUAUAUACGAAUAGGAUCCAGUAGAUGUGGUGGUACAUUAGUCAAUCGGUACCAUGUUGUAACAGCUGGUCAUUGCGUAGCCAAUACGUUUAUCAGAGCUUCGGCACGUCAGGUACAAGUUACCCUUGGAGAUUAUGUGGUCAAUUCAGCGAGCGAAUCACUACCUGCUUACACUUUUGGUGUCCGAGAGAUUCGAGUUCAUCCUUAUUUUAAAUUCACACCACAAGCUGAUAGAUUCGACGUAGCAGUGCUCAGAUUAGAUCGGCCGGUUCAUUACAUGCCACACAUUUCGCCAAUUUGCCUGCCAGAGAAAAACGAAGACUUUUUAGGUCAAUACGGUUGGGCUGCUGGAUGGGGUGCUCUUCAAGCUGGUUCGAGAUUACGGCCAAAGACACUUCAAGCAGUCGAUGUACCAGUGAUAGACAAUCGCAUUUGUGAAAGAUGGCAUCGUUCGAAUGGUAUCAACGUGGUCAUCUAUGAUGAGAUGAUGUGUGCUGGGUAUCGUAGUGGUGGUAAAGAUUCCUGUCAAGGCGACAGUGGAGGUCCUUUAAUGUUGGAGAAAACAGGAAGAUGGUACCUCAUAGGAAUCGUAUCAGCUGGUUACUCCUGUGCUCAACCAGGACAACCAGGGAUUUAUCAUCGUGUAGCAAAAACAGUCGAUUGGAUAACUUACGUUAUUAAUUCGUAGCAUCAACAUGGAUUCAAUUGUUUUUCUAUCGUUAUUUUUUGUGUGCAUCAUGAACUUUGCAUGACACAAAGUUCUUGAAUGAAGAUCGAGAAUUUAUUCGCAAAGGAAGUCUGUCUUCGAAAUCCAAGAACCUCAAACGUUCAGUAAUAAAAGAAGACAAUAAGUUUGUUCGUCAAAGACACUCGUAGGAAUGAUCCAUUAUCUAUUUCCUUUACGUGAUACGCGUUGAGAUUUAUGUUUACGAUUAUAAUCUCAGCCAUUUUUUUUAACGAGAAUUAUUGUAAAUAUUCGAAGGAGUUAUAAAUAAUACAGCAUUAAUUUAAGUUAAUUUUUGAAGGCACUCGAAGUCGAGAUUAAUCGAGAUUAAUCGUGUUUAUUCGAUUACGCGUUAUAUCAAUUGUACGGGUGUGAUAUUUGUUUUGUAAUAACGCUUAAUAAAUCUUCUUUUUCUUUUAUGUAUAUAUAUAUAUAUUCCUUUUUAUUUUUAUUAUUUUUUGAUAUCCAAUCAAUUAAAUAUCUUACGCAAAGAUUAAUUUCAUAAUUUGAUUAUUAAUCCCAUAAUUUGAAGAUUGGUGGUGGGAUGUAGUUGGAAAGGAAGCAAAAGAGAGGUACGAAAAUUACAAAUAAAACACGCAUAAAUUUUUUUGUACGUUAAAAACAUAUCGUUCCUUAUUUUGACAUCCACUAUUUUUUCAACACAAGCUAUAAUAGCGUCGCAAAUAAAUCAACGCGUUUUUAAGUAUUUCUAUAUCUCGUUUGCAUUAGAAUAAGUACACAUUUAUUAUCUUGACCGCGUUAAUGUUAAGUGCAUUGCGACAACGAACGAUUCGCUAUUUGCUUGUCGGUCAAUUCCAUCAUUGUUGUUUUUCUUUUUCUUUUAUUUAUUUAUUUUUUUUUUCUUUUUUUUUUUUCUUCUAUGCACGAGGUUCUUCGUGUUUUAUCAUUAUCACCUAUUAUAAUACAUUAAGGAUAAACGAUACCA